ACAGACUGAGAGAUCCCUUGAAAAAGAUUGAUUUUAGUGCCAUUUCAAAAUGGUCACUUUUCACAAGUAUAAUAUUUUGCUUGUGGCGCUACUCACUGUUGGUCAUUCCAUUUCCACGAACGGUGAUGCAGGAGGCAAGGUAGAAAAGAGAGGAACGUGUAAAGGUGUUACUUGUCGAGAGGCACCGAAAUCUGCUGGAAUUUGUAAAAAGGUUCCAGGUCAAAUGUCGGAAUGCUGUCAAGAUUUCGAAUGCGCCACGUCCGACGGUGUACAUUCUAGACAUUCUGGGAUGACAUCGUCACAAUCUUCGGGAUAUGAUAAGGUGUCACCGGACGGUACCCACAUGCAAGGGUUUUCAUCAUCUUCAUUCUCAUCCUCAUCCAGUGGCAGCAGUGGACCUGGUGGUGCUAUGCGACCAAUAGGAUUUGGCGACUUUAAACCCCUGUCUGGCUUGCCACUUUCUGGUUUGGGCGACCUUGGCUCGCUUCCCCCACUUCCCCCCCUACCAGGGUUUAAACCAAUGGAAGGGAUGCCCCCAUUCCCAUCGCUGCCACCCUUGGGACCAUUAAAACCUUUGGGACUUGGCAAAAAAUAAUUUAUAUCGAAACAAUUUUCUCUAAAGCUGUGAUUUGGCUGUAGGAUUGGAUAAAACAAUAAUAAAACUGGAUUUGAAAAAAUGAAAUUUUAAAGUUCAAUUAUGCAUGUUCUUAUGUAAUUAAUGGUUUUAAUUAAUGUAAAAAUCGUCAAAAGUUAAUAAAGUCUCACAGUAGCAGUCUCAUAUCGGUCGCAAGUUGCCUGCUGGUCCAGCAUUCUCAAAUUCUCAACUACCAAUCUGGGUGAGAGCGGCUUUUCAUUUCAUUUUGCCGUUUUUAUUAUUAUUCUAGAAUUGAUAUACCUGUCCGAAUAUUUUUCGUGUUUUGCAAAAAAAUAUCAAAGUUUUUAAUUCACAUUUCAAUAACUUUGGUCAGCAAUUCAAGAAUAACGGGGGCAGAAAAGAACGGAUAACACUUUUUUGCAUCCAUCCCACGAGGAAAAUGGAUGAAGGGAAAAUCAAAGCAAUGAUCGAGACGAUCCGCAAUGCGAAUAAAUGGCUCAUCGAACAGAAUCAUCGGAUUGAAAAGGAGAAUGAAGAGUUGCACAACAACGAAGUUGAACGCAGGAACAAAUACAUCGCCUAUCACGGGAUCAUAAUCCACACGAACAGGAACAUGGUCGCCUUGCUCAUGAAGGUCAUGGAUCGGCAGUUCCUUGGACUUGAACGAAUGGACAUUCCAUCUUCCAACCCGGCCAAUCCUGCCCACAUCGACGUCCAUGAAGUGUAUGAAGAUCUGCUAAAAGACAUGACUACUCGUUUUGAGAUUGUGGUCGUUCCCGGUCCAUUCAAGGCGUAUUCAGAGGGGGUAGAAGUGC